UGCUUUGAUCAUUCAUUCAUUCGUUCUUUAUUUAGCAAAUGUCAAGUUGUUCGGGGUUAGGAACAAAACUAAGAUAAUAUAUUUUGUUUAUUUGUGUUAUUACGAAAGCAUUAUGGUAUUCCUAACAGUUGUCAAUUGGGUUCGUGCUAGAGGACCUGAUGAGAUUUGGAGGAAGAGAAAGAUCUUCAAACUCGCCGCCCACUACAUUGGCAGACGUAGAAACUGUUAUUCAAUUGCCAUACGCAAUGUCAAUAGAGCUCUUGUAUAUGCUACAAAAGCUAGGAAAUUGAAGAAAGAGGAUAUGAAGGCUCUGUGGAACACACGUAUCUCAGCCGCAUGUGAACAACAUAAUAUCACUGCAUACACUUUAAAGGAGGGCUUGGAUCGUGCUAACAUUAUGUUGGAUCGGAAAUCAUUAUCAGACCUUGCUUCAUGGGAGCCUAGAACUUUUGAAUGUUUAGCAGCAGUUGCUAAGCAGAAGGUUCAAUUUGAUGGAUUUAUUGAUGGCACUGACCGAAAACAGCCAACAGGAGUAAAUCUGAACCUCAAAGAUGUUAUGCUAGAAGCUUGGCUCAAGGAAAAGAAGUAAUUUAAUUUCAAAUAUUUAUUAACGUACCUAAUCUAGAUUAUAGUAAUAAAUAGUUCUUAUUCUAAAA